UGGGAUCAUUGUGUUUGUAAACAAGUUCUGACGUUUCUCGCGUUCGCCGGAAAAUCGUUUUUCUCUGAAUUUUGUGAACUUUUUGAGGAAAAUCCAGCAAAAUAUGCUAGAUAUCAUCAUUAAAACAGCCAACAAAGAUGACUUCACGGAAGCCAUUUUUCUGCUUGUGGAUUUCAUCGUCGAAGUGCCGCGGUCCCAACACACCCGGGAAAGAUUGGCUACUUUGCUUGGACACCCGGUGGCCAGCGAGGAACUGAAGGCGCUUCUAAAGCACUUUGAAAAUCUCGUCCGCAAUUACUGUGUAGGAGAACUCGACGCUGAUCGCUUGCGGUCCCAUUUCACGAAUCUUGCCGCGGACCAGCAGGGCCGUCUGCUGGAGAUAGUGAACCUGCGGAAACCGGAAAUAGCACAGAAGCUCAUUGAUGAGGUAAAUAGGCGAGAGGGCGGGGUUCCAUUGGUGGAAUGGUUCGAUUGGAAUGUUAGCUGGGUGAUGGGAAGCAGUAGUUUGGCCUCGUUCCGCAAGCAACUGUGUACGGUUACGCUGGCGUGCCGGGAUGUUGAUUCGCGGUCCCGGACGGUGAGCUUCGAGAUGGACAAAGGCCAGGUGGAGGAAACCAUUCGUCAACUCGAACUGAUAGUAUGAUAAUAACAAUGGAUCGCCGAAUAUGUUGCUACUAUAACGCGAAAAUUGACACGGGGAAAAGAGCCAUUAAGAGGUUUUACAAUGCGUAAUCACCUUGUUCGUUCUAUAAAUUUAACUAAAUCUAUCGAAGCAGUCUAUAUUACUGUCAAAGUUUACUUUCAAAG